AUGUCAGUCCGGGGGAAACCCAUCGUGCCGGCGACGCCGCGCGUCAUAUCCCCCAGCCCGACACCGUCCGAGACGGAUGCGGCGGCCCGCGAGGCAUAUUUUGGCCCUGUGACGAGGUCGGCAGCGAGGAGGCGUUUGACUACACCGCAUCCUGUUGAGGAGGAUCUGGACGAGGAUGAAAGUCCGGAGCUCCAACGGGCCCGGACCCGGAGCCGAAGCCCCAUCGACACACGGAAGGUGGGUAGGUUGGCGUCAGCGAAGCCGUCUACCAACAAAAAGAGUGCAAAUGGCCAUGCAGCGGCACCCGCCACCGUAUCGCCCUCAAACGGUCACAUCCCCGAAAAGUCGGCCAACGGCCACCUCGUGCCGCCUACCCCAUCCAUAUACUCUGGCUGGAGCUGGAGGGACUUUAGUCGCAGCCCGAGUCCGCUGGGCCUUAUCCCCAUCCACAGGCACUGGCGGACGUUCGUGCACAAGCACGAGGUUCCAAGGAAAGCGCUGCACGUGUCCAUCGGCUUCUUUGUCGUGUGGCUCUAUCUCUCUGGCACGCAGACCCUAGCGGUGUGUCCCUACCUUCUCGGGGCCCUUAUCCCCAUCGCGGUCGUGGACGUGGCGCGCCAUCACUAUGCGCCAUUCAACCGCUUUUACGUCAAGGUUCUAGGUGCUCUGAUGCGCGAGAGCGAGUUCUCGGGCUACAACGGCGUCAUCUUCUAUCUCCUCGGGGCCUGGACUGUACUGUUCUUCUUCCCUAAAGACGUUGGCGUUGUGGGCACACUGCUCCUCAGCUGGUGCGACACGGCCGCGAGCACGUUCGGCAGGCUAUAUGGGCGCUUCACCCCUCGCAUUCGCCGAGGCAAGUCCCUCGCCGGAUCUCUGGCUGCGUUCCUCGUCGGAGUCGGCACUGCGGCAUGGUUCUGGGGCUGGUUGGUCCCGACAAUGGGCCCUUUCCCCGGAGACGAGGCGUUCAUGUUCACCGGCACGCUUAGCUUGCCGCAAACCAUAUCAGAGGCGGUCGGACUAACUCCGGCUCAGGCUGCCGUCUCGGGUGGGCUGGCUCUCGCCAUCAUGAGCGUUUGGUCGGGGUUGGUCGCCGCGACCAGCGAGUUGGUCGACGUGUUUGGGUUGGAUGACAAUUUGACAAUUCCCGUGUUAAGCGGCCUCGGCAUCUGGGGGUUCUUGAAGAUUUUCGGUUAA